AUGGCUGACAAUCCUGACAUCGUCUGCUCAAAAAAGAACAGGAAAGCAAGAAGCACCAAUUUCUCAUUAACAGAGAUAGAAAUUAUUAAAAAUCAGGUGAAACUCCAUCCUAUUCUGGAGGCAAAACAUAGUAAUACUGUUACUAAUGCUAAGAAGCAAGCCAUUUGGCUUGAAAUAGUUAGAAAAGUCAAUGCUGUGGGGGUGGCAAAAAGGAGUUUGACAGAAGUCAAAGAUAAAUGGCGUAAUAUGUGUCGGGAAGCAAAAUUGAAAUUUACGGAAAACAGGAGACAAAUGACAAAAACAGGAGGAGGGCCUCCACCUACCCCUCUUUCCCAAACAAUGCAGGAUGUGGUGGACAUGUACAGGGAUGCCAGUUCCUUCCACGGGAUUGAAGGGGGCAUUGAAACUUCAAUGCCUGGAUGUUCUGGUAAAAUAUGGCUUUUAUGUGUUAAAUAA